AAUUAACGCUGGACAGACCACUCUUUCACACACACUCUCUCUCUAGAUUUCUUCUUUCUCUCUCCUCUUCGUCGUCGCUCCGGCGCUCCGACGGGAGUUCGGGGAGGGUUUGGUGUGGCGGUGGGAGCUGGAUUUGGCCGGAAGUUUUAGGAAUUGUCAGAUUCUUGAGCUGGGUUUGUACGGACAAGUCAUGGUUGGGUUAGGGUUUUGAGGCUGAGAAGUGGUGGUCACUCUGUUGGAGGAGUCAUUGUUUCUUCAAUUCAGAGUGAUUUCUGUAUUGCAAGGCCCUUUAUGUGCUGUUUCUUUGAACAACCCCGAUUCCUUGAUUGGCAAUUCAGAAUGGAAUUGUGGCUAUCUGUUUACUGAUCUUCCUCUGGAGAUUUUUUAAGUGGAGGCUAUCCUUUUGAACUUUCAUUACAUAAACAUGCCUUCAUGGUGGGGGAAAUCUUCAUCCAAAGAAGUAAAGAAGAAGGAAAACCGGGAAAGUUUCAUUGAUUCAAUACACCGGAAAUUCAGGACUGUAUCUGAAGAGAAGUGCAACAAUAGAUCAGGAGCUUCCCAAAGACACUGUGGUGACACUGUCUCAGAGAAGGAAUCUCGAUCCAGAGCACAAUCAAGAUCACCAUCUCCCUCCACAAAAGUAUCACGCUGUCAAAGUUUUGCAGAAAGGCCUCAUGCCCAACCACUUCCACUCCCUGGACCGCACCUUACGAGUGUAGUGCGUACUGACUCUGGAAUCAAUGCAUCAAAGAAACAAGGAUUGGUUGAAGGCUCCAAGACACAGAUGGUUUUGCCCCUGCCAAGACCUGGAUAUGUUGCAAACAGGCUAGAUCCUACAGAUGCUGAGGGGGAUCUAGCCACUGCUUCUGUGUUUAGUUAUAGUUCCAUUGAUAGUGAAGAUCCAUCUGAGUCACGCCUUCUCAGCCCCCAGGCAUCUGAUUAUGAGAAUGGAAACAGAACCACUAUGAACAGCCCUUCCAGCGUAAUGCACAAGGAUCAGUCUCCUGUUCUCACCCCAAGGAAGCCAAGAGAAGCAUUGAGGCCAGCUAAUCUUUUGUUAAACAAUCAGAUUCACUCUACAUCACCUAAAUGGGUACCUUUAAGCACUCAUGUGCCAAAUUUUCCAGUUCCUCAGAAUGGCGCUUUCUGUAGUGCUCCAGACAGCUCGAUGUCAAGUCCUUCUAGAAGUCCAAUGAGAUUAUUUAGCCCUGAGCAAGUCAUGAAUUCUAGUUUCUGGACGGGAAAGCCUUAUGCUGAUAUAGCUUUGCUUGGAUCUGGACACUGUUCUAGUCCAGGUUCAGGUCACAAUUCUGGACAUAAUUCAAUAGGAGGAGAUAUGUCAGGACAGCUGUUUUGGCCGCACAGCAGGUGUAGCCCUGAGUGUUCUCCAAUACCAAGUCCCAGAAUGACAAGCCCUGGUCCCAGCUCCAGAAUACAGAGUGGUGCUGUCACCCCUCUGCAUCCACGAGCUGGAGCAGCUGCUGCAGAGUCUCCUACCAACCGACCUGAUGAUGGAAAGCAACAAAGCCACCGAUUGCCCCUUCCACCGAUAACAAUUUCUAAUUCUUGUCCUUUUUCUCCUACAUAUUCUACAUCAACAACUCCCUCAGUACCACGAAGUCCUGGUAGGGCGGAAAACCCAAUCAGCCCUGGAUCACGCUGGAAGAAGGGUCGGCUCUUAGGGAGAGGCACAUUUGGGCAUGUAUAUCUUGGGUUUAAUAGUGAAAGUGGGGAGAUGUGUGCAAUGAAGGAGGUUACAUUAUUUUCAGAUGAUGCGAAGUCAAAGGAAAGUGCACAGCAGCUGGGCCAAGAAAUUUCGCUCCUCAGUCGCUUACGUCAUCCAAAUAUAGUGCAAUACUAUGGAUCUGAGACAGUGGAUGACAAACUCUACAUAUAUUUGGAAUAUGUAUCUGGUGGUUCCAUAUAUAAACUUCUUCAAGAGUAUGGCCAGCUUGGUGAAAUAGCUAUUCGUAGCUAUACUCAACAAAUUCUGUCAGGGCUUGCAUAUUUGCAUGCUAAAAACACUGUCCAUAGGGACAUCAAAGGAGCAAAUAUACUGGUGGAUCCCAAUGGCCGUGUGAAAUUGGCAGAUUUUGGAAUGGCAAAGCAUAUUACUGGACAAUCUUGUCCGUUAUCCUUAAAGGGGAGCCCUUACUGGAUGGCACCUGAGGUCAUAAAGAACUCAAAUGGCUGUAAUCUUGCAGUCGAUUUAUGGAGUCUUGGGUGCACAGUUUUGGAGAUGGCUACAACAAAACCACCUUGGAGCCAGUAUGAAGGGGUUGCUGCUAUGUUUAAGAUUGGUAACAGUAAAGAACUUCCCACAAUACCUGAUCAUCUCUCAGAGGAGGGCAAGGACUUUGUAAGGCAGUGCUUGCAACGCAACCCAUUGCAUCGUCCCACAGCUGCUUGGCUAUUGGAGCACCCUUUUGUUAGAAAUGCUGCGCCUCUGGAAAGACCUAGUCUUAGUUCUGAGCUUGAACCACCACCUGCAGUUACAAAUGCUGUCAGAUCCAUGGCCAUUGGACACACAAGAAAUGUUUUAGAGUCUGAAGGAGUGGCUAUCCAUCAGUCUAGAUGUUCAAAAACUGGUUCAGGAUCCAGUGAUACCCAUACCCCAAGGAACUUAUCAAGCCCUGUUUCUCCUAUUGGGAGCCCUCUUCUGCAUUCAAGAUCACCACAACAUAUGAGUGGGAGGAUGUCUCCCUCUCCCAUAUCCAGUCCUCGCACCACAUCUGGUUCAUCCACGCCUCUCAGUGGGGGUAGUGGUGCCAUACCUUUUCAUCAUCCAAAGCCAAUAAACUACAUGCAUGAAGGCAUCGGAAUCAUCCCAAGAUCCCAGAGCAGUCUCUAUGCUAAUGGCAGCAGCUCCUACCAAGAUCCCCAGCCUGAUCUUUUUCGAGGGAUGCCACAAGUAUCUCAUGUUUUCCGGGAGAUGAUUUCAUCUGAAAGUGGCAGUUUUGGAAAUCAGUUUGGACGACCUGUCCAUGGAGACCCCAGGGACCUGUGUGAUGCACAAUCAGUCUUGUCUGAUCGCGUAGCUCAGCAGCUUUUGAGGGACCAUACAAACUUGCACCUUUCUCUGGACCUAAAUCCUGGUUCUCCUAUGCUCACGCGCACUAAUGGAAUUUAAUUCACAUUGGUUCCCUGAGCAGAGCAAGUUUUUGGGCAAAGAUCAGAUACCUCUCAAAAAGUGUCGAAGUUUGUUUUGUCAUCAUAUUUAUGGCAAAGGAACACCAAUUGUACGAUAGGAAUCCAAAGCUGAGAAUCUGUCGAAUAAAUUUGGAUCUUUUGGAGCUGAAGUGGCAGAAAAGAGAUUCGGAUGCAGUUCCCUUGAUAAGAUAGAUGGCUUUGGAUAUCCAGCAUUGAGCAGAGUUGCAGUAAAACGUUUUCACCAGUGUAAAGAACUGUAAAUUCUAUCACACUUGCAAAACAGAGAAAUUGGAAAGCACAUAUGGCUAUUGGACUCGGGUUAUUUUAUCUAUUUUUACUUUUGGAGGGGUUGCAAAACUACUGUACAGAAGAAGGGUCGGGAACUAAAUUAGAUUCCAGAUUUUGUUGAGGCGGCAACUGUAACUUGUAAGUUUGCUAAGCUUGGUAUGUUUAUUUUGCAUCAGUUCUUAGCAGUUUGAUUUUAACCCUCCUCAUCAACUGCCCACCUGAUAUUGUUGUACCUACAUUAAUCGAAGAAAUCGAUAAUUUCAAGUAA